AUGGAUGCAGCGGACCAGAGUCCGUCGGAGGCUUCCAGCAUCUCGGCGGCGUCGGAGGGAGACGAGAAGAAAAAGGCGAAGAUGACCGUUUCCGAUGAGACGCCGGAGCCGGCUGAGAAGCCGGCGGCAGACGCCGGACCGCGGGUUCUGCUGGAUCUGAAACUCUCGAACGAUCAGGAUCGCGACAGCGGCCUACCUUCGCGGCUGGAACUCAAUCUUUUCAGGCCGGAGAACGAAGGAAGGGAGUCGGGAAAGCGACCAGAGCCGGCGGCUAGGGUUUUUAUCUGCAACUACUGCAAGAGAGAGUUCUCCACUUCGCAGGCGCUCGGCGGCCACCAGAAUGCGCACAAAGAAGAGCGCGCUCUCGCGAAGCGCCGCCACGGGAUCGACGUCGGAGCUCUGCAGCCGUUUGUACCUCUGCCGCCUUAUUCCUAUUAUUCAUAUUCCGGUUAUCCCCCUCUCUACGGCUCUUCUUUCAGCCGAUCGCCUCUCGGAGUGAGAAUGGAUUCCAUGAUUCAUAAGCCGCACUAUCCAUGGACGCCAUCGGUUUCCGCCGCCGGCCGAUACCGGUUUAGGCACGAUGGUUGGACUUCACCCUAUCAGCCACGGCCAUCGUCUUCCAAGUUUCAAGGAAACGGCGGCGACGGUGGCAGCGGAGGAGGUGGUUCUUCUGCAGAGGCGGCAAACAAGAUAUCGGAUGAUGGCGCCGGUCUAGAUUUGAAUCUGAAACUUUGA